AUGAGAUAUCUGUCCAAAGCUAGAUGUCAGAAGAAACUGAAAAACUACUUGCGCCACUUUACGGAAACUUUGCAGUGCGAAGCGGUGCGCUGCAGCGGGCACAUGGAAAAGGAAGGUCUUGUGCGGUCCCUUGCUUUCACAAGGGACAACCAGCUCACUGUGCAGUCCCUGGCCACCGACAGGCACCGUUCCAUCGGGAAACACAUGCGGGAAAAAGAACCGGCCAUCCUGCACUACUUCGACGUAUGGCACGUUUCAAAAAGCGUCAAGAAGAACCUCAAUGCUGCAGGCAAGAGCCAGGACUGCGGGUCGAUUGCUGACUGGGCCCAACCAGCAGUGAACCACUUGUAUUGGUGUGCCGCAGCUAGCCAGGGCAACGCUCAACUUCUCGUGGAUGCCUGGUGCAGCAUGACCAGGCACGUGGUCAACAUCCACACAGACCACCCUGGCAUCUACACCACAUGCUUCCACAACCCCAUCGAAGAAGGCGAAUGGCUGGUGCCAGACACGCCUGCGCAUGCCCGGUUCGUUGACGUGGUGACGAGCAAGUCCUUGCUCAAGGACCUACGCCAACUGUCUCCACACACCCAGACGUACGCUUUGGAAUCUUUCCAUAGCGUGCUGAAUGGUUUUGCACCAAAGUGGGCUGCAUUUCGCCCAAAAGGCAUGCUUGCCAGGACCCGCAUAGCUGCGCUCCACUAUAACGAAAAUGGCAACCGGGAGCAGGCCACCACCCAAGCCGGUCAGAAGCAGUGGAAGCUGAAGUCCCCGAAAGCCAGAAAAGGGCACCAUGCUGCUCAUCCCGAGAAAACGAAGGCCACAUAUGGCUACGUCACCAAGCUCCUGGCUCAGGCUGUGGUGGUCUGUGAGGAGAUGGGGUCUCUGAGACAAGCCUUUGAGCUCGAUGCGGAGAAGCCAGACCCGUCCUGCCUGAACCAGAGCACCGACAGGCCACCGAAGGAAGACCUGGUGGCAGCGAGGGUCAGCCGGUUCGCAAGAAGACCACCGGGUGCACUUCUCCCCCACCAGACGCAGUCCCCGCCCCAGGGCUAG